UAUCUGGAAGAUGGACUGCUGAUUGAUAGAGACCCGUCUUCAUAUUUGGUCGAUGAUGCCGAAGCCCAUUGGACAAGACAAGAUGAUCCUACUCGUUGCCGGUUCCGCUCAUCCCGAAUCAUUCAUCCUGAUGUAAAACACUCUUGUCGCUGCUUCGAGCUUUCAAGAUACAGGCAAAAAACCCUGAUCCAUGGAAUCUCUUCCAUCUUCGCCAAUUCAUCAGCGUCUCCUCCCAGCGGAGCAGCCGUUAUCCAAGACCACCGAUCACAGCGGUACCUACCAGAUCAAGGCUACGGCAUUACCGAAGAUCCGUAACUCGGGAGUUACCCGCAAGGCGUUCGACGAAAUCCCCGUGUCAGACUCACUCCCAUGGAACAGCCGAAUUCAGACCCACCUCAGAAGCGGCGACAUUGGAAAUGCCCUUCUGACUUACGAGCAGAUGCUGCUCCGAGGAGUUCGGGUCGACAUGCACACUCUCCCUCGGGUUUUGGCCGCCUCUCGGCUCUUGGGUGACUUGUCCCUGGGAAAACAGGUCCAUGGGCAUGCUUUGAAGCUGGGGCAUUGCUCUGAUAACUACGUUAUCUCCUCCUUGAUAGAGAUGUAUGGAAUUCUCGACGGUGUCGAGUCUGCUAGAUGGGUGUUCGAUAAGUCCCCGAACAGGAAUCCUGUUUCUUGGACUCUGCUGGCUAAAUUGUACUUGGCAGAAAGUAAGCCCAAGUUAGCUGUUGAUCUGUUCAAGAAGAUGGUGAGGUUCGGAGUAGAGGUAGAUUCAGUUGCACUGGGAACUGCUCUUGUAGCUUGCGGGCAACUGAAAUCGCUUCGUGACGGAAGGCAUAUUCACGAGGUUGCAAGGAAAUUAGGGUUCGAAUUCGAUGUUCUCGUGAGCAACGCUCUCGUGAGGAUGUACAUCGACUGCAGGAGCUUCGAGGAUGCUCUGACUCUUUUUGAUAGGAUGCCAGAUAAGGAUGUUGUUAUGUGGACUACUAUCAUUCAGGCUCAUGUGAAGAUGGGCGGGUUUAAUGAGAGUUUGAAACUGCUCCGGCAGAUGAGUAAAGAAGGGAUAAGCCCUGAUACGCUCUCAGUUUCGUCUAUACUACCAGCUUGUGGGAGGAUGACUGCUUCUAAGUGUGGAAAGGAGAUGCAUGGUUACUUGCUCAGAAACGGGCUCGACUUGAAUCUUAAAGUCCAGAAUGCCCUUGUGGACAUGUACGUGAAAUCGGGUUCCUUUGAAUAUGCCUUGAAGGUUUUUGGCAGGAUUGAGGAGAAGGACGCCAUUUCUUGGACGGUGAUGGUAAUGGGGUCCAGCUUACAUGGACAGGGAGGUCUCGGGAUUGAUUUGUUUCAUGGAAUGGAAAAGGAACGGAGCAUAGAACUAGAUGAAUUAACUUAUGGCGCGGCACUCCAAGCUUGUGCUUCCUCUCGCAUGGUUGAGAAAGGAAAGCAUUACUUUAACCGAAUUAGGGAACCGAAAGUUGCACAUUGCAUUUCAAUGGUGUCUCUUCUAGCUAGUUCGGGACUCUUUGAAGAGACGAGUGCCUUCAUUGAGAAAUGGAAGCUCAAGAGGAGCCCUGAGGCCUUGAGAGUACUCCUACACGGAUGCAGGAUUAACCAGGAGGUGAAAUUGGGCAAGCGGGUCAUUGAGCAGCUCUGUGAACUGGAACCUCUAAACGCCGAGAACUAUGUCUUGUUAUCGAACUGGUAUGCCCACUUUGAAAAGUGGGAUAUGGUACAUAAAUACCGACAAAUGAUCCUAGACAUGGGCUUGAAGCCUCAGAGGGCUUACAGCUGGAUAGAGCAUCGGAACAAGGUCCAUGUCUUCAGAACAGGGGAUGUGUCUCACCCUAGGUCGCAGGGGAUAUAUUGGGAACUAGAACAGUUAAUGGAGAAGGCAGGAAAUCUGGCAAAGUUAGAUUUUAGUCUUCAUGAUGUAGAUGAAGAACGAGAGUGCCCAAUCAUAGGACACAGCGAGAUGCUGGCCGUGUCUUUUGGUCUCGUGAGUAAGCAAUCUAGUGGUACUAUUCGUGUGACCAAGAAUCACCAGAUGUGCCGUGGGUGUCACGCUGCUUUGAAGGCGAUCUCGAGACUAGAAGAGCGAGAAAUCAUAGUUAAGGAUCUUAGGUGUUUCCACCAUUUUAAGGGUGGAUUUUGCAGCUGCGGUGACCUGUGUUGAGUUUGGUUAUCAGUGUUUCGGACCUCAAUUUUUUCGGUGACCUGUGUUGAGUUUGGUUAUCAGUGUUUCGGAUCUCAAUUUUUUCGGGGGAGCCGAGAACAAUCUGCUAGUGUUCAGUUCUGAAAAUGAAACCCUCUGGAAUAUAUAAUCUUC